UCCAAAGCAGGCUCCAGGCUCUGAGCUACACCACAAGAUCAUGACUUGAGCCAAAGUCAGACACUUAACCAACUGAGCCAACCAGGUGCCCCUAAAAGUAUUCUUUAAACUAUAUUUACUGUAUUCGCUGUGGGUGAGAAGAGAAUUGGACUCGGAUGGAAUGAAAGAAUGAACGGGUUUUGGGGGUCCUCUCUUUUGUGUGUUUCAGAGGAAAUAGGAGGAUAAAGAACAAUUCUCAGUCCAGAUUUGGCUCAAUUUGCAUUGCUACAUGAUGCAUCCCUGGAAAGUUUAUAGGACUUCUGUACUCGGGGUGCAAAGAAUAUCUGUAGUUAUCCAGUCUGCUAGUCUACUCGAGGGUGGGGUAGGGCAGUCUCCCUGGCAAUCCUUGCAUUCAGCAGCAGCAUGAGUUGGGUCAUUUGUACUCAGAGGCUGUCCCAUAUUCCAGGCAUUGCUGAGGAAUAUAGCUCCUCAGUCUCCCCUGACUUACAGGCACUUACGGGGUAUUUGUUAUGAUGUACAGAUACCUCAAGUGCAAAGCUAUGUCUUCACAGCUUCAUUGAAGCUGGUAUUUCUCAGUGAUUUUUAAAUACGAUAAAAAGAAGUCCCGAUUUAGUCAUAACCUCCGAUUUCCUUUGUAAGCCUGUGCUCACCUUAAUUCCCUCACUUCUCAGACUUCAGUGAGAUCUAACCUCGUGCAGAUGGCCAAGAGCUAUUUUGGCCACGGGUGAAUAGCUACAUCAUCAUUGAUUUCAGUAGUUUCAUUUCUUCUGGGAUAAUCUCAAGUGCCCAUGCAUUGUCACUGCAGUCGCACGUGGAAUUAUAUUUACUUCCCAGCAAGGAAAAAAAAUCACAAAAUCCAAUCCUGCCGCUUCUCUGUCUCCGUGUUCAGAAGCCUGCUGUCCCAAUGUGGUAAGUCGCUCCCACUUUUGAGAUCGGGUGUUAAAUUCUAAAAAAGAAUGGAAUGCAUAGAGUUAAGAGUUGGACAUCACUAGCCCUUUUUUCUAACAGUGAAACUCCUACAAUUGAUUCUAAAGUUUCAGUCUAACAUGAAAAGCAGUAAGAUGGUAUUUUAGAUCCCAGCUCUGGGUGGACGUACUUUAUGUCUGAGUGACAAUUGGGUUUGCACUUUGGGAAACAUCUGAAAUAAUUUCUGUGAUCAGCAGACAUUCCACGAAAAUCUGGGUGUGACCCCCUCCAAGAAGCCGGAGCCCCCCUCAGAACGUUCAGACACCCCUUCCCAGCACCCCUCAUGGUGCGGGACAGCUGCCGGAGGUCAGGAUGGAGACCCGCGCGGAGGCUGGCGUCUCCAUCAGGACUACGUUACCCAGAAGGCAGUGCGCCACACUGGGCCAGUGAGGGCUCAAGGAGCGAGGCACUUCCGCCCAGCGGACGGCAUGUAGGCGGGCCUUCCGGCGUUGGCCUCCAGCGACAUCUUGUAAAUUUGGUUCUGUCCAAAGCUCGGAAGCUGAGGUUGCUGGGACUGCCCAAGGUAACGGAGCGGGGACGCGCAGGGCCGGCUGCUCGGAGACUCAGCGUGGCUGUCGUGCGGGCUGAGCACUGCGGUGCCACGGUCGCCGUGGCGGUUCCCAUCCAGGUUCUGCUUUCAGCAGAAGCACUUAUGGACCCUGCACUGGGCUCCAUGACCUUUGAGGACGUGGCCGUCUACUUUUCCCAGGAGGAGUGGAGGCUUCUUGACGAGGCUCAGCGACACCUGUACCGGGACGUGAUGCUGGAGGUCUUUGCACUUGUUGUGUCAUUGGGCUGCUGGCACGGAGCAGGGGCUGAGGAGUCACCUUCUGAGCAGAGCAUCCCCGUAGGAGUGUCACAGGUCAGCAUCGCCAAGGCAGAUCUGUCCCCCCACGAGGUGCGCAGCCCGGACUCCGAAGGGGAUUUGCAUCCAGCCGAGAGCCCGGGAGCGAGCCCUGGACAGAAAGCGUGUGGGACGGGGGGGAAGCCUGAGGAGCACCAGAAGUGGCACAGUAGAGAAAGACGCACGCGAAGGAACACGAAGAGCCAUGCCAACCACCCCCCACCGCAGAAGCCCGUCCCUGCUGGCCCAGGCCUUCUCCCCCGGCUCGCUCACGGUCGGGGGACACCCACUGAGGACACCGGCUGUGCAGAGCCCUUUCACCACGGACAGAGGCGCUACAAGUGCGGUGACUGCGGGAAAGCCUUCUGCCGGAAAUACAGACUCACCCAGCAUCGGAGAGUCCACACGGGAGAAAGGCCGUAUGAGUGCAGCGAGUGUGGGAAAACCUUCAGCUACAAACACAUACUCGUCCAGCACCGGAGAGUCCACACUGGAGAGAGGCCUUACGAGUGCGGCACGUGUGGGAAAGCCUUCGGUAACAAACCCACACUCGUUCGGCACCAGCGAAUUCACACUGGAGAGAGGCCUUAUGAAUGCGGCGAGUGCGGGAAAUUCUUUAGCCAAAGCUCCAGCCUUAGUGAACAUCAGAGGAUUCACACUGGGGCACGGCCUUAUAAAUGUGCUGAGUGUGGAAAGUUCUUCACCUCCAACUCCAACCUGAUUAAACACCGGAGAGUCCACACCGGAACAAGGCCUUAUGAGUGCAGCCAAUGUGGGAAAUUCUUUAACCAGAGCCCCAGCCUCAUUAAACACCAGAGAAUUCACACUGGCGAAAAGCCUUAUGAAUGUAGCGAAUGUGGGAAACUCUUCAGCCAAAGCUCCACCCUCAUUAAGCACCAGAGAGUUCACACCGGGGCAAGGCCUUACAAGUGCAACGAAUGCGGGAAACUUUUUAGCCAGAGCUUUGGCCUCACUCAACACCACAGAGUCCACACAGGAGAAAAGCCCUACGAGUGCCGUGCCUGUGGGGCAUCCUUUAGGCACAGCACACAACUUACUCAGCACCAGAAAGUUCACACCACAGAGAGCCCUCCCCAGUGCAGGAGCCGUGGAGAAGUCUUCCGCCACCGGUCGGCUCUCAUCGACCACCGGAAACUCCACAGCCCCGCUCAACCUCAUGAGUGCACUGAAUGUGGGAAAGCCUUCAGCCGCAGGUCUAACCUCCUGCGACACCAGAAAGUUCACAGGGGAGGAGGGCCUUAGAAUGAGCGGGGGCUGCACCAUGUCGAGAGCCCAUCCUCACCACAGUCUGAGCCCAUGGGGCAUAGGGCUAGGCUGUACUUUCUAACCUGUCCAGAACCCUCGUGUUGGCCAGUGCAGGUUUCUCCCACGUGUGUCCCAAACACUGUAUGCCUCAGUGCGGAUGGUUUCAUGGCCCAGGGUAGCUAUCACUCUAGAGUUUUGGGCACAAGGCCUCCUACGAUAGAAUGAAGGGCAGUCCCAAUUUUUUGGGACUAAUCUUGUGUCCCAGAUGUACUGGUUUGUGGUUGAGUCUGGAGGUUUCCCUGAGAGGAACCGUGUGGGUUUUUGUUUUUUUAAUGUUUAUUUUUGAGAGAGACAGGGCAUGAGUGGGGGAGGGGUAGAGAGAGGGAGACACAGGAUCUGAGCUGUCAGCACAGAGCCCCAUGUGGGCCUCAAACCCAUGGAAUCAUGACCUGAAGUCAGACGCUUACCCACCUGAGCCCCCUGGCGCCCCAAGGAUCAGCUUCUCUUUCUCACAUAGGAUGUCACAGUGUCCCAGCGCUGUUGAGAAGUAGCGCUCUAGGUCCCAAUACAGAGCCCUGUGCCAUCACAUCUGCUGGGCUGGUAUCAUGGAUUCCAGGCACCAGCUAGGAGCCAUCUGUGCGGUACAGACACACUUAGCGAAAUGGGGGGGGGGGACUUGCAAAGUGGAGGGGCUGCGAUGCCUACACCAAUGCCCUGGGGGCUACAGCCAAUUCAGGUAAGGGCCUUGUGGACGACAUUCUGAGGCCCUAUAGAGCUGACAGCACUCCUGUGGCCGGGGUUCUAUUGCACUACAGUUAAAGAAGGGGUUGGGGGGGGGGGGGGGGGGGUUGAAAACCAAACUCCUGGGAAUGCAGACAUGAAGGCAGCAGGCAUGUGGUCUUCCUGACCCACGGAGCAUGGCUUGUAAACUCCGGUGCGGUUGCUGGCCGGUGGGACGCAGAACUGUGUCCUGGGGGGGAGAUUUCAAUUUUCCAAGGUUUUCCCGAUGUUCAGAUUUUUCCGCAAAAGCAUUUCCACUCAGCAUGCGAUAGACUUCAAGUGUACUUGAAAACCGAAAACUGCUGCUGGUACACUUUACUGCACGUGCACUCGUGAAACCAUCAUCCUCCACCACAGGUCCUUUGUCUUGUAACCUCUGCCUGGAUUCCCAGGCAGACCGUCACUUUUUCGUACCUUCGCUAGUUUGUGUUCUCUAGAAUUUUACAUGUUGGAAUCUUACUGUGGCUCCUUUUUACGGGUACAUAGUAGUAUAUAAUUACUUCGACAAUCACCAUUGAAUAGUUGGAAUUUUUUUUUUUUUUUUAAACAAGUGGAAGACACCAUUAUUCACUCAUCCACUCAUCUAAAAAAAAGGACAAAAUAGGGUUUGGGGGUUGUUGCCAGCCUGGCCGUCACAAGGCACAGUUGUGCCAAAUGUACAUCUCCAUCCUCCUAGCAGUGCGAGGCCUGAGCCCCAGCGAACUGAAACAGGCCAAGCUCUCCCAAGGGGGAAAUGGUUGCUCUGAGUUCUGCCGGCGUCCUCACCAGUCAUAUUUGUUCCGUCUUUUCCACGAGUGGUUUUCAAAGGUGUGUGAGUGCAAUCUCCCCCUGCUCGAAUCAUGCAUUUCCCCUGAGAACUGUGUGCCACCCGAAUGUAUUUGCCAAGUCUACUUGUUGUGGGUGCUGAUGAAAAGUAAAGCAUUGGGACCUCGCUAGUGCAAUAAAAACGUUCAGUGAAAACGUUUAAAAUGUUCUUA